AUGAGCGGCGUCGCAAGAGCUUUGAGGCUCCUCAGUGGUUCCACUCCCUUCUCUGCCCUGUCCCCUGCAGCCUCUUCAUCGGGCACCAAUUUGGCCGGCAGUGCCGCUCGCCUUCUCCUUCCUGCAUACUCCUUUAGAUUCUACUCCGCCCUGCCGGAGGGGGUCCCUGGUGCUGCAGGCGCAGCGGCCAACACCACGACCGAUGAUGAUGAAUCCGAUGAAGGAACCUCCUCCACCGCCGACUUCGACGCCAGGGACUAUUCCCUGCCCUUCUCUUCCGCUGCUUCUACCUCUGAGGCGUCGCCUCGCGAGCCGCUCUGGGACAGGGCCUACAGGGAUAAGGCUGAUCGGGUUCUAUUCGGUGGGUGCCAACCUGUCCGGGAGCAGGGAGAUCUUGUGGAGGACGAGAGGAAGGACGAGGUGAUGGACGAGAGGAAGAGGAGGCUUGCGAGGGCGCUGCUGGAGGCAGCUUUGAUGAAACCGGACGAGGAGGAGGAGGAGAGUGGGGCCGUGAAAGAGGAGGAUCAACGGUCAUUGUCUGUGGGGAUCAUCGGGGCGCCCAAUGCCGGAAAGUCUUCGUUGACGAAUUACAUGGUCAGUAGAUUGCUCUAUUGUCAUAUAAAGGUUUUUUCGCUGCUUUUGUUGAUGUUCGAUGGCGUACAGAGAUUCCAUUUACCAUUGUCUAUCACCAUCAUCUUCCUCCUAACACAUCCUCAUAUCUUCUUGCACCAUUAACCGGGCAUCUGGUUGAUGUAUGGGCAGCUCAUGUACAUAUUCCUAGACAAUCAAGGCGUAUUAUUAAAUUGAAAUAUUAGACGAUUGCAAAUUGUAUAUGUACACAUUCUUGUACACAUUCUUAGACGAUUGCUAAUUGUAUAUGUGUAGCGUUCAAGGAGGAGGAUCGUUUGGUUUUUGCUCCCGGUGGUUUCAUCAAUCAAGUUUUGAUAACUGGUGGCUCUUUUUCCACUGCAUAUUAAAGCUAGCAGAAGGUUAAGCAUGAAGUUCCUAUUGGGAUAUCCUGAAGUGUUCACCCAAUUUACAAACCUUUUCUUCCCCAAAUGAGUCAUAUUAAAAGCUGUUUUAUUCUUGCCUUUGUAUCCCGAAAUAGUUAAGUCAACUAUUAAAUUUAGCUUUCAAAAAAUUUAAUUGAUGACGUUGACUUCAUUUAGGAUACCUUUUCCUCUGGGAUGUGGAUUUGUAAUUCCUUAGUCUAUCUCCUUGUUGCCAGGGUGGGCCUGUGAACCCAGAAUUGUCUGGUGAGAGUUCUUAUAGACUGAAAAUUAUGGUAGGUUUUUGUUUAAUAUCUUGGCGUCGAUGAGCAUAUGGUCCACUUUCAAGUCUUCAAAGACAUUGCACUUGAACCGUAUUUAUUGGUAUAUCACUUACAUUACAUCUUAAUACGAUUGCCUAUGAUACUUACGAGUACAAUGUGUUGUAACAUAUACGAAUAUGCAUUUUUCUACCGGUAGACACAUAAAUUCCCCAAAAGAUGGUGCCACUUUGGCUGCUACAAUAUGUAGACUUUCCAUGUCGCUUGUAUGUUUGACCCAGAUCGUAUCACGUAGGACACCAAUCGCUGAGACUUAGUUUUCUAGCAUGUUAGACAUUUCAAAUCUGCCCAUUACGUUCUGCUCUCCCCCUCUUGUCCAGCUGUCUAUACUUCAGAAAAUGGUGGGAUUUGAACAACUCUAGGGGUCGGUUGAAUUAAUGUGGGUACCAGGGGUAGCUAUAUCACUGAUCGAUACUCAGACGUGGUCAAAGGAUGUCUGUUCAAGUGGAAAACUUUAUUUAAUUGCUUACAACGUGCUGGGUCUCUGGCAUGCGUAACUUUCUUCCUCUUUCAUGUUAAAUUAGUUUAUUGCGUUAAUGGAUUUCUGAUUUUGAUGACGUGUUCUUUCCCAUGUCUUCUUGUUUAGGUUGGAACAAAAGUUUCUGCUGUUUCGAGGAAGACGAAUACAACAACUCAUGAAGUCCUGGGAGUUAUGACCAAAGGGGACACUCAAAUUGUAAGCUUUUGUCCGAUCUAGUGUUCUCUUGAUUGAAAGGUUGGGAAAUGGGAAUUUUUUUCGCAAUAACAUUUAUGUGAUAUCUAUGAUGAUAGGUUAUUUUAUAUCGAAAUCUUUUCUUUACAAUUAGAUGAUAAAUGUGGUCUUUGUAGAUUGUCUAUGCUAGUUUCUUUUUGUAAAAUGUAAUGGGUCAUUCUUAUUAGACUUUCUUAUGUCACAGCCCAUUUAGUGGACCGUCAUCUGGUGGUAAUGGGCCAAACAUGUCAUGGCCCAUUACUCUGCCUCUAGGGUUAGGAUAUGAACCCUAGAUCGCCAUCAGUAAUGAAGAUUGAGAUUUCCACCAUCUACAUGGUAUCAGAGCUUGGUUAGGGUUUCAAAUCCCUCUUUGGUACCGUCUACACUUUCUCGAAAGUGGAUAUGCUAGGGAUGUAAACAGGUAUAAGGCAAUUUAUUUCUAUCCCCUCAUGAUAGAAUUUUUUUUGGGAGAUUAAGAGAAGAGUCAUGAACUUGAUUUAUUAUGAGAAGCCAACAAUUGCAGAUAUGCUAGCCGAAUUGAACAGAUCAAGAAAGAUGCUUCCCUUUUUAGACUCUUAUGUAUUCCUAUGUGUUUGCUAGUUUUGAUGAAAUUGAAAAAUAGAUGGAUAAUGAGUUAUUCAUCAAAUAGUUGAUGAUUUAUUCUUACAACUGCUUGCAAAAUGAGUUCUUAAUGAAAGGUUUCUCCAUGGGCUGUGAAUGCUCCUUUAAAUCUAUACCCUUCCGAGUGCAUCUUCCAAUUGGAAACCGACAUUGUAUCUAUAUUUAGCACUUAUCUUAGUUCAAGGGGUCUUAUUUUUUAGUUAUCCUUGCAUGACAUCUCUUUACGAAAAUACCGUCUAUGAAAUUGUAGAUAAUGCGCUAUAAAUGUGAUAAGGUGUCUGCUCGUUAUUGGAAAUUACCUUUACAUAAUUCUUGUAAUGUUUUUCAUUUCCAGUUACCUCCUGCUAAUAUAUUCUCUGUUGAUCUGCUCACUAAAAUAUAAUGUACGGGACUAUGCCUCUCAAAAAAUUGCUACAAUUGCUAAUUUAUUUGAUGCAUAUGCACGCUGUUACUCUUCUAUUUUCCAGAAACCAAAGUAACCACUUUGUUGGUAUUUACGACGAAUUUUUUUGUGAGAAAAUAAUAGAUGUCAGAUCACAUCAUAGUAUGGAGGUUUGAUUAAUGAUCUGUAUGCCUGUUACCGGGAAGACUAUCCAAUUGUGUCAUUUAGACUAUUUCGCCAAUAAUCCUCCCAACUUGAGUGAAACUUCCAUCAAGUGAUUCUUCUGGAUGAAGCAACAUAAGUGGCUCCUAGAUUCCGGAAAAUAUUAAAGCGUAGAGGAAAGUGGCCAAGUAGUCCGAGGGUGGGGAAUCUUCUUCAAAAAUAUGCCCCUCGAAGUGGGUGAAAUCCUACAGCAAUAAGAGUGAAACAAUUAAUUACCUUCAAAAAGUACUUUCUUCGUAUGAUUAUUCCAUUUAUCUCUAUAGGAAUAAACCACUCUCAGAUAAUGACAUUUGGAUGGUAGAUGUAAUUUCCUGAAUAUCUGAUCAAAUAUUGUACUAAUUCAAUUUCUGCAGUGUUUCUUUGAUACUCCAGGGCUUAUGUUAGGACAUCGUGGAUAUCCUUACAAGAAUGAUGUCAAACUUCGAGUGGAAAGUGCAUGGAAAUAUAUUGACUGCUAUGAUCUUCUUAUUGUGCUUUUUGAUGUCCACAGGCAUCUUACAGCGUAAAGUUGUUCGAACUUGCUAAUAGUUUAUGUAUUUUCUUUUCCUCAACUCUCUGUUAUUUGAUGUGUUAUUCACCUAGUCAUAUUCGAUUUGUUUCAUCAUUUGAAUCCGUUCAAAGUAUAACUUACCGUUGGGGCAAAUUAUUAUCCUGUAUAUUUCAGUACUAUAUUUUAUGAUUUUCUGAUUUUCCAGAAUAUUGUCUAGAAUUUUCUUUAAAGAGAUGCAAAGAAAAAAGAACAAUCAGCUUUCCGAAAUGGAACAUUACUAUAUUAUGAUUUUCCAAAAUAUUGUCCAUUGUACCUGUACCCUCUAUAUUUCAUUACUGUAUUAUAAUUUUCCAAAAUAUUUCUAGAAUUAUCUUUAAAGUGAUGCAGAAAAAAAAAGAAAGAACAAUGAGCUCUCAGAAAAGGAACAUUCUAGACAAGCUCAAUUUAGCAUUCAUUUUUGAUGGGAAGUGCUAUCCUAUUAUCAGAGGACUAUGAAAUUAGAAGUCUUAUUUUCUCCCACAUUGGAUAAUGCCCUUGCCUACUCAGACUGGGACAUGCGUCUUUCUUUUUCAAAAAAUUAACAGGAUUGUUUUCAUCUUUUAAAAAAAAAAACUGGCUGUAUUCAAGUACUGGUCUGAUUGCAUUAUCGUUUAAAAGUCCUCAGAAUAUCCUCAAAAUAUUCUUUGACAAGGUCAGUAUGCCUCAUAUGGGGUGUUAUCAGCUCAAAAUAUGGGGUCUGGAAGAGUGAUUUGGUACAUUUCUAUAGAAGUUGCUUAGUACUGCCAAGUGUUCUGUUGUCAUGUGUUAUUAUAACUGGGAAUCAUCACACCUUUCUCCUGAAGGUGGCCUUUAUAUUUUCUUUGUCAUGGUUUUAGCUCUUUUAUGGACCGAUCCCCUGUUGACUGGUAACAUUUUUGUUUGCAGACCAGACAAAAGGGUAACUAAGUUGAUUAAACUUCUGGGCGAGAACAAGCAGCCUAAACAGCGAAGAAUUCUAUGCAUGAAUAAGGUUGAUCUGGUGGAGGACAAGAAAGACUUGUUGAAGGUCGCUAAAGAAUUCGGAGAUCUUCCAGGAUAUGAAAGGUACUGACUUUUCCUCAUAUAUUUGCAUUUCCUCUUUGAACUUUGCAACAAAGAUUGAAUGAUAGCCGUUUUCUUUCAUAGGUAUCACUCUCCACAGUUUGUGUCUGAGAUUGUUUCCAGAAUUAGAAAUUAAUCUCAGAAUGAAUGUGGAAUGUUAUAGCAUUACGGGGUGAUAGGAAGAGUUUUUUUUUUAUGGACAUAAAAUGGGGCAGUUUCAAGGCUGUGUUAGAGAUUAUUUCUCAGAUUGCCUGAAAUGAUGGCUCUUUACUUUCAUACAGAUCAUCUCCCUCCCUCAUUUUAUAUCUGGGAUUGUUUCCAGAAUUAGAAAUUAAUGUCAGAAUGAUUGUGGAUUUGUCAUAGCGUAAAGAGAUGAUGGGAACGAUUUUUUUUGGGAAAUAGAAAAAGAUGUUGAAAACGUCUGGAGUUCAUUCUAAGAUAGAUGGAUCUCGAACCGCUGGUACUAUCUUUGCUUCUAAUAUUUCUUUUCAGAGGGCACUUCCAUGAAUUCAUCCAUCCAAGUUCUAAGAAUGUUUCUUCAAGCUUCUUCCUCGGAUAUAACUUUUAGCGCAUAUAUUUUAGGAAGGAUGCCAUUCAACUGAGUAUGAUGUUCGCCAUUGCUGCUCUUUUGAUCUAGAAUAAUUCAAAAAUUAAUUUCAGGGCUUUGCCAAGAAUUUACAGGAAGUAUGCAUAAUCUCGGUUUUUAUUUUCUCCAUUUGUGUUGCAGAUACUUCAUGCUCUCUGGCCUCAAAGGUUCGGGUGUGCGGGACCUCACUCAGUAUUUGAUGGAGCAGGCAUGUUCUUACAUUGUUCACUCUUCAAUUGCUUCUCUCACAUUAAAUAUUGAAUCUCUUGAGUGGUAGGGUAAUCAUAACAGAUAUCUAUUCCGCAAAGCUAAACGGGUUGUCAUCUUAGUAUUUUCCUCAUAUAUCUUGAUUACUGUGUGCUAGAUUUGCUCAUCAUUCUUCUCCGAUAGUCCUGGAAUGCACUUUCCAUCAGAUUGAGAAAUUCUCUCAAGCUGCCUGAAAAUGUGUUCACCAUUUUCAACAUAAUUGGCCUCAAUCCAGAACAUGGAUCCAUAUUAUUACUUAAAUGGGAGCGUAAUCUUGGAAGGAGAUGCUGAGUCAAGGUGUAUGAUUAAAAUGUUUUUUCUGAAUUAAUUCUUUUUCCAUGGCCAUGGAUUUUUCUAGCCAAUAAUUGGGUUUGGGACGUCUCCUUAAAUCCUGGUUACGUUCUAUGAUUUUUCAACGAUCCUGCUUCCGUUUCCUACGAAGCUUUUUCUACUCAAACCCUAAUCUAGACAUUCCUAACACGGAAUACCUUCGUUUCGUCGUGUGCAGGCCGUCAGACGACCCUGGGAGGAAGAACGCGCAGUGAUGAGUGAAGAACUGAUGAAGAGCAUCUCUCUGGAGGUGGUCCGAGAGAAGAUGCUCCACUACAUCCAUCAGGUGCUUGAUAUUUUUUUAAUUAAUUAUUCUGGAAACUAUAUCAAUCCAUAAAUAAUAUAUAAUGCAAUAUUAUGUUUGUUUAUAUGCUUAAUGGAUCACUACAUCCAUCAGGUGCUUGAUGUUUUUUUCAUGUAUCACUCGAGAAACUAUAUCAAUCCAUAAGUAUAUCAUUUAAUAUCAUGUUUGUCCAACAGGUGCUUGAUAUUUUUUUAAUUAAUCACUUCGGAAACCAUAUGAUCCAUAAAAAAUAUCAUUUGAUACCAUGUUUAUAUGCUUAAUAAUGAAUCACUACAUCCAUCAGGUGUUUGAUAUUUUUUAAUUAAUCACUUGGGAAACUAUAUCAAUCCAUAAAUAUAUCAUCUAAGAUCAUGUUUAUAUGAUAAAUGCUUGAUGAAACUGCUGCGGUUUCACUACAUCCAUCAGGUGUUUAUAUGAUACCAUGUUUAUAUGCUUAAUAAUGAAUCACUACAUCCAUCAGGUGUUUGAUAUUUUUUAAUUAAUCACUUGGGAAACUAUAUCAAUCCAUAAAUAUACCAUCUAAGAUCAUGUUCUGGUUGCGGAUAGUUUUUGAAUUAAUCAGUUAGAAAAACCAUAUGCGUUCGUGAAUAUAUCAUUAAAUAUGAUGUUUGUAGAUAUGAUGAUGAAGCUGCUGGGGUUGCAGGAGAUUCCGUACGUGAUUGAGCAUCGGCUGAUGGAUUGGAAGGAGCUGAGGGACGGAUCUCUCAGGGUGGAGCAGCAUUUCAUCACGCCGAAGCAGAGCCAGCGUCAGAUUCUCGUCGGAAAGAACGGAUCUAAAAUUGGGUAACUUUAAUUCUUCCCUUUUCGGGUCGAUUAAUUUUCUGCGGCCCUUUUCUGGUUUUUAGUCCUCUCUCUCUUUCUCUCUCUCUCUCCCCUAUUUACUGUCUGCUCUGUUUUCCUGGUUACUUUUUCUCGCUCUCAUUUCUCUACUUCCUUCCCCUCCUUUUUUCUCUCUCCUCUCUCUCUCUCUCUCUCUCUCUUUCUCUCUCUCUCUCUCUAAUGCCUUCAAACACGCAGAAGAAUAGGCAUCGAGGCCAACGAAGAGCUGAGGUCCAUCUUCAAGAGGGACGUUCAUCUCGUUCUUCAGGUCCGAGUCGCUCGGCCCCGUGGCGCAUGA